CCCACAUCCCAGCCUGCUCUCCUCGCUAUGGGUGGGCCCCACGUGCUACUGGCAGCUCUCUGGGCACUGGGGGCCACUGGGGCCAGCACACUGCGCAUCGGAGCCUUCAACAUCCAAAGCUUUGGCGACAGCAAAGUGUCGGACCCCGCGUGCGGCGACAUCAUUGCACAGAUCCUAGCUGGCUACGACAUCGCGCUGGUGCAGGAGGUGCGGGACCCGGACCUGAGCGCAGUGUCCCAGCUCAUGAAGCAGAUUAACAGUGUGUCCACACACGAGUACAGCUUUGUCAACAGUGAGCCCCUUGGUCGGGACCACUACAAGGAGAUGUACCUGUUCGUCUACAGGAAGGACGCAGUGUCCGUCUCGGACACAUACCAGUAUCCGGACCCGGAGGACGCCUUCAGCCGAGAACCUUUUGUGGUCAAGUUCGCGGUCCCUGGCUCGGCCGCCCGAGAGCUGGUCCUAGUCCCACUGCACGCAGCGCCUCACCGGGCAGUGGCGGAGAUCGAUGCUCUGUAUGACGUAUACCUGGACGUGAUUGACAAGUGGGGCACCGAUGACAUGCUCUUCUUGGGCGACUUCAACGCCGACUGCAGCUACGUGCGGGUGCAGGACUGGGCAGGCAUUCGCCUGCGGAGCAGCGAGGUCUUUAAGUGGCUCAUCCCGGAUAGCGCCGACACCACGGUGGGCAACUCGGACUGCGCCUACGACCGCAUCGUGGUCUGUGGUGCCCACCUGCGCAGGAGCCUGAAGCCACAGUCUGCGCGGGUGCAUGACUUCCAGGAGGCGUUUGGCCUGGACCAGGCCCGGGCUCUCGCCAUCAGCGAUCAUUUUCCUGUGGAGGUGACCCUCAAGUCCCACUGACAGCCUGAUGACAUGCCCUGGGCCAAUGCCUGCACACUGGCCAUAAGGACGGGCCCACAAGCAACUCAGGGUGGCAAGCCGCCCCCAUUAAGGUGGCAGGGGCAGCUGGGCCUGGACAAGUGGCCAUGAACACUUUGGGGUCACUGGGGCCUUGUCCCCCAUGCGUAGACCGGACUCUGAUACCCACAUCCGGGGCUGUGAGGGAUGUGAGGUGGCUUUGCCCAAUAAACGAGCAGGCUAAGCCAGGACCAGGCGGUGCCAGGCCUCCAUGUCCUUGCUUA